AUGCGUCAGGGCGGGAACCUGGUCACUACCCCUGGGGUAGGGACAGUCCCCACUGAAGGCGGGGAGUGCGAAACCUUCUGGCACCGCCCCGACAAAGCCUGCGCGCGCCCGGUCCCACGAUUGGCCGCGCCUCCUCGCGCCGACGCCCCGUACCGCCCAUCGUCGCCGGUCCGCCCCGACCUGCUGCUCUUCGCCACGCCGCAGGCGCCCCGGCCCACACCCAGCGCGCCGCGCCCUGCGCUCGGUCGCCCGCCGGUAAAGCGGAGGUUGGACCUGGAAACUGACCAUCAGUACCUGGCCGAGAGCAGCGGGCCAGCCCGGGGCAGAGGCCGCCACCCAGGAAAAGGUGUGAAAUCCCCAGGGGAGAAGUCACGCUAUGAGACAUCGCUGAAUCUGACCACCAAACGCUUCCUGGAGCUGCUGAGCCGCUCAGCUGAUGGUGUUGUUGAUCUGAACUGGGCAGCCGAGGUGCUGAAGGUGCAGAAACGGCGCAUCUAUGACAUCACCAAUGUCCUCGAGGGCAUCCAGCUCAUUGCCAAGAAGUCCAAGAAUCACAUUCAGUGGCUAGGCAGCCAUGCAGCGGUGGGGAUCGGUGGGCGGCUUGAAGGAUUGUCCCAGGACCUCCGGCAACUGCAGGAGAGUGAGCGGCAGCUGGACCACCUCAUCCAAAUCUGUACUGCGCAACUGCGGCUGCUUUCUGAGGACUCUGACAGCCAGCGCCUGGCCUACGUGACCUGCCAGGACCUUCGUAGCAUCGCAGACCCCGCGGAGCAGAUGGUCAUGGUGAUCAAGGCCCCUCCUGAGACCCAGCUCCAAGCCAUAGACUCCUCAGAGACCUUUCAGAUCUCCCUUAAGAGCAAACAAGGCCCCAUUGAUGUUUUCCUGUGUCCUGAGGAGACUGCAGGCGGCAUCAGCCCUGGGAAGACCUCGUCCCAGGGGAUGGCUUCUGGGGAGGAGGACACGGCAGCUGACCCUGCCAGCACAGUGCCACCACCAGCAUCUCCCUCCUCAUCCCCUGCUGCAGAUCCCAGCCAGUCCCUGCUCAGCCUGGAGCAAGAACCUCUGCUUUCCCGGAUGGGUGGCCUGCGGGCCCCUGUGGACGAGGACCGCCUGUCCCCGCUGGUGGCGGCCGACUCGCUCCUGGAGCAUGUGCGGGAGGACUUCUCCGGCCUCCUCCCUGAGGAGUUCAUCAGCCUGUCCCCUCCCCACGAGGCCCUCGACUACCACUUUGGCCUUGAGGAGGGGGCCCCACGAGGCCCAGGGUGGCCACCUGCCCCCAGAAUCCUGUGUGCUGACCAGGCCAGGUGGCGAGGCCUUGGCCUGCUUGUUUGCAGGACAGCGAGAGCACUUCUGUCGUCUUAAAGGUUUUUCUGAUCGAAGCUUUAAUGGAGCGUUAUUUAUUUAUCAAGGCCUCUCUGGCAAGCCUGGGGCACCAGCGAAGGGUAGGACGGAUGUGGGACUGAUGCCCCAAAUCCCUAAACCCCUGAGCGAGGGCAGGGGUCCCUAAGCUGUAAUUUGCCCCACUCCGAAGGAGCUGAGGCCUGAGCGGUUUAUUUAUUGGGAAAGUGAGGGAGGGAGACAAACUGACUGACUGACAGCCAUGGGUGGAUCGAAGGGGUGGUCCCUUCCCAGAGGGUCACUACAGGACCCCAUCUGCCCCCCAGGAAGGAUGUGAGAUGGGAGAGGUGAGUGGGGGACCUUCGCUGACAGGGUGGGCAGGAGGGGUGGGUGAAGGGCUUCCUCUAGCCCAGACCACAGGGGCCCCUCCUGUGGCAUUUGAAGUGCCCCCUCUACCCCAUUUCUUGCUCUGCCUCACCCUCCAAUCUGCACUUUGAUUUGCGUUCCUAACUACUCUGUUCCCUCUUGCUUUGGUUUUAAUAAAUAUUUUGAUGGUGUUUGGGCUGGGUUUUGGGACUGUGUACUAGCAGCAAAUCUAGGGGUGGGAGAGGUCAAGGUUGCUGGGAAAGCACCCCUUGUCUGCUUCCCCUCUCCUUGCCCCUACUUGGUUUCAUUUCAUUUGAGCCUCCCAGCCACAAGAAAGGCAGGCUUUGGCGCCAUUUUUGUCCUAACUUAAAAACUGAUCCAAUGAAGUGGUAAGUGAACUUCCCUCUUUUUCCCAGCCCCAGAGAGGCCACUCUGAUUGCUGUGUUCCUUCCAGAUGUUUCUGGGCAUUUGUAAACAUGGAACAAAUAAUUAAAACAGGCUGAUGAUGUG